GGUCGUUAUCAGUUGACCGCCACAAACACAACCGGGAAGGUUAUAAAUUUCCAACUCGGGAUGAACUCCAGCUUAGUUGCAUCUGAAAUUUUAGUUGAGCACAUAAAAAUCUGGAAACACCCGGAGGAAGUCAGACAGACAAAUCAGCACUCCAGUGGCCUGUGGGAUUGUUCAGUGUCCGUUUUUCGGGGAGGAGAGCUUGGAAUAGAGUGUUGUACCUGGUGGGACGAUUCACACCCGCAAAGAAGGCAGCUCGCAUAGUAUGGAAAAAGUGAACCUAGCAAUGCUGGCGUCAAUUAUUCUAGUCUUCAUCGUUGGAAAGUACUUCGUUUCGGGCAACGUUCUUUUCCGACGAUUCUCCAUCGUUUCAGCGGUUGAGACAAAUUGUGUUCUUCCCCUCAAACCCGAUUGGUCCUUUUUCUCGCCACUGAUCUUCAGCCAGGACGGAACACUAAUCUCGACGGAGAACGUAAGCGACGAAACGGAAGACAUCACACUGCCGGUUGGCACCGAAGUACUGCUCUCGUGCGCCCCCAACUACUUCCGGGAGUUCUCAUCCGAAAAGGUUCUGAAGGCAAAAUGCAAGAAAGAUAAGACACUGGUUGUCAACGAUCUGGACAAAAACUUUGUUUCCGAGCUAUCCUGUGAGGUUCGCUCGAUCGAGGAGAUUAUUGUUCCUGUACGAGGCUGCCCCUCCAGUGCUCGAUCGAUUGAAUAUGGAUACGCCAACCCGGUCAACGGUAGAUCCUACACGCUCGGUGAAGCUUGCUACGAUGUCAAACGCGGCCAAACUCUGUUCAUUCACACAAAGCUCAAGUCCGGAAAUAACACGGUUGAUGCACUAGCUCUGAAAACUGUAAAUAACGUCAACUACUUCCGCCAAGAGCAUCCCACCUCUCGGUACAAAAUUGAACUGAAUAAAGCGCUGAACAUCAACGAUCAAGCUGAACGGUUCAAGGCAGUUUUCGGCACGAAAAACGCUCCCAGAAUCGAAGCGCGUCGAUAUGUAAACGAAGAUUUGCUCACACACAAGCAGUACCAAGCAGUGCUGAAAUUAGCCUGGAACUAUCAGAUAGUAAAAGAUCUAGACUCUCUCGACAAUUUCGACAACUUGGUUAACGAUAUAAGUGAUUUGAGUGCUAAGGAAGUCGAGAUCUACACUGGUGCCCAUGGGGUGCUCUCACUAAAAGAUAAGAAUGACAACAACGUUGAUGUCUACCUGAAGGAGAACCGUUUCCCGGUGCCAAAAUUCCAUUGGACGGUGAUUCGAUCGGAAACGAAAGCCGUUGCAUUUGCCAUUCACAAUAAGGCACAUCUGACGGAGAAAGAACGUGAGAAGGAUUCCUUCUGUCGUAGUAUCUGCGAUCAGCUGUCGUGGAUUAACACGCUGAAAGAGGACGAUUCCUACAGCAAUCCCGAGUACGGUUUCGUCCAGUGCUGUGAGCUAGACGAGUUCCGUAAAACGAUAAAGGAAAUGCCCCCGCUGAAUGGCAUCAAGGGAGUUCUGAAGUGACGUACAACGUGACCUGUAGGCAAGGGGAUCCUCGACGGUAGACAGACCCACGGGGUCGUUCCUUACUUCAGUGAAUAGGAAAAAUUUAAACAAACAAAAAGCGCUGGUAUGUGAUUUAAAUUUUUAAUUUUAUUAUUUAAAAACAAAACUCGAAUGUGAAGAAUGCUCUCUUAACAUAGGUUCGAAUAAAAAGUACAAUCGUUUCUAUUUCACAA